AUGAGUGAUCGAGAGCGCUCAGUAUCAAGAGAUCGAGAGGCUAUUAUUCGUUCUCGACGAGAACGUCGUUCAUCUUAUGGCCGCUCGAGAUCAAAAUCAAGAUCCCACAGUCGAUUGCGAUCUAAACAUAGACAUCGCCAUUCUCGUUCAACAUCUCGUCAUCGUAACAGCGGUCAUUAUCGGUCAAGCCCACGACCAACAAAAAUAAGAAAUCAUCAUAUUCCAGAUCGUGAAAAUCCGGUACCAAGUUUUUGCUUAGGAGUCUUUGGUUUAUCGUUAUACACCACUGAACGUGAAUUAAAAGAAGCAUUCUCUAAAUAUGGUCGUAUUAAAGAUAUACAAGUUGUUUAUGAUAAAAAAACAAAUAUAUCUCGUGGAUUUGGUUUCAUCUAUUUUGAUGAAGUCGAAAGUGCAACACGAGCCAAAGAAGCACUUAAUGGCACUGAUUUAGAUAAUCACAAAAUGCGUAUAGACUAUUCGGUGACCAGACGAGCUCAUACUCCAACACCUGGAAUUUAUAUGGGAAAACCGACUAUGCCAUCUUAUCGGCGACCUUACGGAAGUGGUUAUCGAAGAUCUCCCUCGUAUGAUCGACAUCAUCAUCGUUCUUCACCACGUUCACGAAGUCGCUCACGUUCAAGAUCUCCAUAUUCAAAAUCACGACGAGGAGGAGAGAAAGCAACUCAUGGUCGUAUAAAAUGA